AUGGCGCGCUUCGACCCGACGAAGCUGCUGCAGGGCCUGGCGUCCGGCAGCGGGCCGCUCCUGGCGGCCGGCCUGGGCGCGCUCGGGGGCGCCGCGUACCUCGGGAAGAGCACCUUCUACACGGUGGACGCUGGCCACAUGGCCGUCAAGUACAGCCGCCUGUCGGGGGUCGGCGUCGACACCUACAUGGAGGGGCUCCACUUCAUGGUCCCGUGGCUCGAGAGGCCGAUCAUCUUCGACACCCGCGCGAGGCCGCACACCAUGACGUCCCUGACCGGGAGCCGCGAUCUGCAGAUGGUAAACAUCAACGUCCGCGUCCUGAGCAAGCCCGACAGCGGUCGGCUGCCCGAGAUCUACAGGCUCCUCGGCACGGACUUCGACGAGAAGGUGCUCCCGUCCAUCGUCAACGAGGUACUGAAGAGCGUGGUGGCGCAGUACAACGCCUCUCAGCUCGUCGUGCAGCGCGACCAGGUCAGCCGUAUGAUCCGGCAGCGACUCAUGCAGCGCGCGGCCGACUUCCAUAUUCUCUUGGACGAUGUGUCGAUCACACACUUGAAUUUCAGCCCAGACUACGAGAAGGCAGUAGAGUCGAAACAAGUGGCUCAGCAGCACGCGGAGCGUGCGCGGUACCUGGUGCUGAAAGCGCAGGAGGAGAAGAAGAAAACGAUUAUUCACGCCGAGGGUGAGCGCGCGUCUGCGCAGAUGAUCGGCUCCGCUAUGAAGGAGAAUCCAGGCUUCAUCGAGCUUCGGAAGAUCGCCGUUGCGAAAGAGAUCUCCGGGCUGCUCUCCAAGUCCAACAACCGAAUGGUCCUGUCCUCCGAUUCUCUGCUGCUCGACCUGGCCGUCCACGAGUCCAGCCAGGCGGCGCAGCAGGAACCAAAGGCCAAGAAGCGCUGGUGGUGA